AUGCUAGAUUGCAAACCUGCGGACACUCUUAUUGUUCAGAAUCAUCAUCUUGGAGAAUAUCCGAAUCAAGUUCCAACUAACAAAGAAAUAUACCAAAGGUUAGUGGGAAGAUUGAUCUAUUUGUCACAUACUCGACCAGACAUUGCUUAUGCAGUGAGCGUUGUCAGUCAAUUUAUGCACUCUCCAAGUGAAGACCACAUGAAUGCAGUUCUUCGGAUACUUAGAUAUUUGAAGUCUGCACCUGGAAAAGGACUUAUGUUCUCAAAGCAUGGUCAUCUAAAUAUUGAUGGUUAUUCAUAUGCAGAUUGGGCAGGUAAUGUAACAGAUAGAAAAUCCACAUCGGGUUACUUCACAUUCGUAGGAGGUAAUUUGGUGAUAUGGAGGAGCAAGAAACAAAAUGUAGUAGCUUUAUCCAGUGCAGAAGCCGAGUUCAGAGGCAUGACUAAAGGGAUUUGUGAACUUCUUUGGUUAAGAAAGUUGCUUACUGAACUUGGGUAUAAACCUACAUCUACAAUGAAUCUCUUUUGUGACAACAAGGCUGCUAUAACCAUAGCACAGAAUCCGGUUCAGCAUGAUCGUACUAAACAAGUUGAGGUGGAUCGACACUUCAUCAAACAGAAGCUUGAGGCUAAAGUGUUUCAGUUUCCUUUUGUGAAAUCCGAGGAUCAAUUGGCGGAUAUUUUGACAAAGGCGAUUUCCAGUAAAGCAUUCCACAAUUCACUGGAUCAGUUGGGCAUUGGCGACAUCUAUGCACCAACGUGA